CAGUGGCGCUCGCAUUUUUUUUUUGUUCAGCUCCGCGAAGAGGAGGAGACGACGCGCGCGGCGGUGGUGGCGGCAACGGCAGCGGGGGGUGCAAGCAAUGGAGAGGGCGGUGCCGGUGAGGAAGCCGCACACCUCGACGGCCGACCUGCUCACGUGGUCGGCGACGGGGCCCGACGCCGCCUCGGCGGCCUCGCCGGCCAACUCCUCCCGUCCCAGCCUCAAGCCGGCCGGGGGGAUCACGCCGGCGAUGUUCGGCGCGCCGGUGAGCGAGGAGGAGGCGGAGGAUCUGAGCAAGAGCGAAAGAAAAUUUUGCUCGGGCUCAAAGCUAAAAGAAAUGACUGGAAGUGGGAUAUUCACUGAGAAGAGUGAAAAUGGUGAUUCAGAGACUUCAAAUCCUGCACAAAAAACUUCUGUGAGGAUGUAUCAGCAAACUGUAACUGGAAUAAGCCAGAUCUCAUUCAGUGCUGACGGAAGUGUUUCACCAAAGAAGCCAUCAUCACUACCUGAGGUGGCUAAGCAGCGAGAGCUUAGUGGUACACUGGAGAGUGAUGCUGAUGGUAAAAUGAAUAAGCAGCGAUCUGAAGCCAAGAGCAAGGAGCUCACUGGGAGCGAUAUUUUUGGUCCUCCUCCUGAGAUACCAGCAAGGCCGUUGGCUGCUCGCAAUAUGGAGCUACAAGGAAAUCUAGAUUUUGCACUUCCACAGCCAAGAAGUGUCCACACAUCAGUGAAAGUAUCCAAUCCCGCUGGAGGUCCAAGCAACAUCACGUUCAGCGAGGAGCCUGUAGUGAAGACGUCAAAGAAAAUUCACAACCAGAAGUUCCAAGAGCUGACAGGCAACAAUAUCUUCAAAGAGGACGCUCCCCCUGCAUCUGCUGAGAAAUCUCUCAGCUCAGCAAAGCUGAAGGAGAUGAGCGGCAGUGACAUCUUUGCUGAUGGAGCGGCUGCCCCCCGAGACUAUCUCGGCGGUGUCCGCAAGCCCCCUGGUGGCGAGAGCAGCAUUGCACUCAUCUAAUCGCCGUAGACUGUUUUAAAUCUGGACUGGCUAAUUACCCUCAUCGCUGAAGCCGUGGCAUGUGCUCUUCCUCUUGGCACCUGGUACUUGAUCAAGGUUGAGACUUGAGAGCUAAGACCUUAAUUAUGCUGGAUAUCUUAGCCCUAAUAUCAUGUAGAGUCAGCAGAGUCUGACUCAGCUUAUGUGCUGUAAACUUGUCUUGAUCCUAUCUAUCUUCUGUUACUUAUGUAUUAUUAAUCUCCUCGGACUGAGACUAUGUAAUAAUUUUUGUUGGUUCAUUUUUGUGA